CAGCAUCUCGCAUUUUUUCUCUCUCUCUUCCUCACUUAUCAUUCGAAUUAUCUAACUAUUGUAGUAACAUCAACUCGUCAUGGUUGAAGUGGACAACUCAGCCAUGGUUGCAGCCGCAGGGGAUGGGAAUUUACCCCCACCACCACCAGCACAACAACGGGCAGAACAUGGAGAACACCAUCACCAGCGGAACCGGCAGGAGACACGGCAAAACCAGAACGAUCAACGUCGACAACGUCGUGAAAAUCGAGGACCUUCCCAUCAACUCAUCGAAAUGGCUCGGCACUGGGUGCUUGAGGAGGAUUCGGCUGACGAAGUUUCGAAUGCCGACAAUUGUUAUUGCGCCCCAAAUAGGGUUUGCUGUUUCCCACCGUGCUCUAAAUUGGGAAGUACGGUUGAGCUUUUCUCAUUUGCGGAUGGAUUUAUCUACACCUGCGUGACGAUCUUUGUAGCGUAUAACAUUUGCGCCUUGGACAUAAAGCAGAAGCAGUCUACAAUGAAAGAUUCCCUCUGGAUGCUAUUUGCGGCAUACUUCUCCUCGGCUGUGGUGGGGUGGACUUUGUUAUUGUGUAUCCCUUUUAUGAAACGAUGGCCAGGGAUUUUUUAUAUGGUGUGCAAUACCUAUGCUUCUGCGUUGCUAAUUGGUCACAUGGUUUGGCUCAAAGUCGAAUGGAACUAUAUGCACGCGGUUCCAUUGGCAAUAAGAGUGUAUGAAAUGUGGCUUGUUUUCUCUUGGGACCGGUACUUGCUACGACGCAGGGCCCGUCUUAAUGCAAUGGAAGAUGACAAUAUCCACCGCCUCAAUGAAUCUGUCACCACUGUUGCUGAUCCAGACAGCCAAUUAAUUGACCUCGUCCAUGCAGCCAAAGAACCUGAGCCUCCUCAAAAUCACUCUCACCACAAUCGUCCUCACCAGCAUUUACACUUACCUGCAAUGGCCUGAGCUACUACCAUGUCACUACCAUGGCCAAUUCCAAAUUUUUAGUGUAUCUUUUGCCAGUGUUGUACUGGAUGUCUGAAAAUCUCUCUUGAAUACCUAACCAUUUUAAAAUUCUAAAUUUGAAAAAAUUUCAAGCCAAUUUGUAUUAAA